AUGAUGAUGAUGACCCGCAACACAAAUAAGAAGGAAGAAUCCAGGAGUCCGGGCUUGGUUGAUGCCAUCUUUUCUUGGUCCAUUUCUGAUGUGAUUAACAAAAAUUUGUACUCUAACAAGGUGAGACCAAUAUCCGAGACAUUUUCAUCAACAGAUCAAUACCUUAAAUCAUUCAUCCAUCCUCUUCUCGAAGAAACAAGGGCUGGUUUAUCUGCAAGCUUAAACACGUUAGCUCGUGCGCCCGCUUGUGAAGUAUUUGAUGUGAAAUUGUCAAAGGAUUUUAAGACCCCUAAAGAUCUGUACUACACAAUUUCAUUGAAGCCAAUCAGAGACAACGAGAAAAAAGGAGCUGUUUAUGAACCCGAGUAUGGAGAUUUAAUCGCACUUACUGAUGCAAGGCCUAAAUGUAUUGAUGACCUGAACAGGUAUAAGAGGCCAUAUACUCUUGCUGUCAUUCAAGGGCUUAAGGAACAAGAUAAAACCAAUGUUCCAAUCUUGUCAUCAAAACCUAUUGAGUUUGAGAAAGAGGAUGAUAAGGACAAAAGGGGUGAUAAACUUUUUGCUGUUUAUCUUGUUAACUUGACAACAAAUCUGCGUAUCUGGAAAGCCUUGAAUCCUGAUCCUGAAGUUGCUAACAUGAAGAUUCUGAGAACUGUGUUAAAGGUUGAACCCAGGGUGGAUGUUCCGGCUUGCACCCUUUGUUCCUUACAUAAAGCUACAGGGGUUUCUGAGCUUAAUCAAAUUGCAGCUAUUCGCGAGUUCAGACUAAACGAUUCCCAGCAAAAGGCUGUUCUAAGUUGUAUCGCAACAAAAGAUUGUUAUCAUCGGAAUACAGUGAAGCUGAUAUGGGGUCCUCCUGGAACUGGAAAAACAAAGACAGUUGCUUCUCUGUUAUUUGUCCUGUUCAAGAUGAAAUGCAGAACACUGACUUGUGCUCCGACGAACGUUGCAGUGAUUGGAAUUGUGAACAGGCUUAUGACCUCGUUGAGGCCAACUCUGGAGUUUGAUUCUUACGGACUUGGGGAUAUAGUUUUGUUUGGUAACGGGGAGCGAAUGAAGAUUGAUGAUGAUAAGGAGCUCGGUGAUGUUUUUCUUGAAUAUCGUGUUUCUUCCAUUUUGCAAUGUUUUUCCCCAAUAACUGGUUUUAGAGGAAGCAUAGGAUCCAUGAUACAGUUGCUUGAAGAGCCUGAGGAGCAAUAUCAUCUCUAUAUAAGAACAAAAAAAGAAAAGCUGGAGAGAGCUGAUGAUUAUGAAGGCGAAGAUCUUUUAACAUUUGAAGAGUUUUUCUUGAAGAAAUUUAAACUAAAAAGGAAACAGUUGAGUCUUUGUAUCAGAACUUUGAUUACUCACUUGCCUACAUCAUUCAUUCCGAGAGACACCGCAAAGGAAAUGUUCAGAGUUUUGACAGCAUUGGAAGCUGUAAAUAGUUCCUGCCUAAAAAAUAUUGCAUCGGGUCUGGGUGUAAAAGAUGCUCUUCAUGGAAUGCUACCAAAAGCUUUCAGUUCAUGGCUACUAAAAAUUGCCUCAAGUGAGAGUACUGCAAGAGAUGAUGUUCUUCAUGAAAUCUUGCUGAAUCUCAAACUAAUUGAAGACAAAAUAAGGAUUCCAGAUUUUGCAGAUGACGAUCAAAUAAGAAGCUUUUGUUUAGCCAAUGCUAGACUGAUCUUUUGUACAGCUUCAAGCUCAGCCAAGUUGCUCACUGACCAGGCUGAAAAAGUGAUACCAUUGGAGUUACUCAUCGUAGAUGAAGCUGCUCAGCUAAAAGAAUGCGAAUCUGCGGUUGCCCUUCAGAUUCCCGGUCUUCGCCACGCCAUUCUAAUAGGGGAUCAGAAACAACUUCCAGCUAUGGUUCAAAGCAAGAUGUGUGAAGAAGCUGUUUUUGGAAGAAGUUUAUUUCAGAGGCUGGAAGAACUAGGACACCCGAAACAUCUCCUGAAUGUGCAAUACAGGAUGCAUCCAUCGAUUAGCCGAUUUCCCAAUGCAGAGUUCUACGGGAAACAAAUUAUGGAUGGUCCUAACGUGAAUGAUGAUUCCUACAACCAGCGUUUCUUGGAAGGAUCUAUGUACGGUUCAUACUCUUUCAUUGACAUAAACGAGGGUACUGAGCAAUUUGACAAGUACAGCCCAAAAAAUAUGGUGGAAGUUUAUGUGGUUGCGGAGAUUAUUGCAAGCCUUUACCAACAGUUUCAAGUCUCGAAACGGAAGGUCCGCAUUGGCUGCAUUUCACCAUACAAAACUCAAGUUUUCGCAAUUCAGGAAAAACUUGGAAAGCUAUACAGUGCAGAUGCAAACAGUGAUUUCUCAGUGAGUGUACGUUCUGUUGAUGGAUUCCAAGGCGGCGAAGAAGAUAUCAUUAUCAUUUCAACAGUGCGAUGCAACGGAAAUGGAUCCAUUGGCUUUCUUUCAAAUCAUCAGCGAACUAAUGUGUCUUUGACUCGGGCAAGGCAUUGCCUAUGGAUAUUGGGGAACAGUGCAACUCUGACAAACAGUGGCAGUGUUUGGAAGAAAUUGGUGUUGGAUGCAAAGGAUCGUGGUUGUUUUUACAAUGCUAGAGACGAUUAUAAGUUAGCCAGAGCAAUUUCCCGUGCCUUACUUGAAGUUGACAGUUGCAGUAAUGAUCCAACAAAAAGCUUGGUUUCGGUGUUGGCACCAAAUAUUCCGGCAACAUACGAAAUGCAUUUCGCGGUUCCAAUGGCUGGCGCUGUCUUAAACACAAUCAACACCAGACUUGAUGCUAAGACCUUUUCCACCAUCCUCAAACACUCCGAAGCCAAAAUCUUCUUUGUCGACUUUCAGUACGUGCCGCAAGCUACAGAGGCCCUCCAACUCCUGCUCCUGGGGAAUAUUAAUAUGCCCAAUUCCUUUCAAUUCCCCGAGUCAUCGUCAUCGAUAAUCUCGGCUCCCCCACGGGCGGUACGUGCCAGAAGAAAUCGAGGAGGAAUGGGAUGCAAUAGCGUUGAAUUAUACAUCAGGGAAACGUCGGCGCCGAAAGGCGUGGUUUGUAGCCCCAGGGGAGCGUACCUAAGCACAUUGAGCCUUCUUCUGGGAUGGGAAACGGGAACUGAGCCUGUUUACUUGUGGUCGCUCCCUAUGUUCCAUUGCAAUGGCUGGACUUUCACCUGGGGCGUCGCGGCUCGAGGAGGCACCAUGUUUACAUCCGAAACACGAUGUCUCAGGAGAAGUACGACGCCAUUGCUCAACACAAUGUCACCCACAUCGCUGGAGAAUAACCAACCCGGUUCAAAUUCUCACUGGCGGAGCCCCGCCUCGGCGCCUCCACUGGCGCUCCUGGAGAAAAUUGAAGCCCUGGGAUUCUAUGUAACCCACGCGUACGGGAAAACCGAAGCCACGGGGCCGGCCCUGGUUUGUGAAUGGCAUGCCCAAUGGAACCAAUUGUCAGCAAAUGAUCGAGCCAAGCUCAAGGCCCGACAAGGAGUCAGCAUAUUGACGCUUGCGGAUGUUGAUGUGAAGGAUUUGGAGACAAUGGAAAACGUUCCCCGAGACGGGAAAACCAUGGGGGAAAUCGUGUUGCGAGGGAGCAGCAUCAUGAAAGGUUACCUGGAAGACGAACAGGCCACUGCGAAAGCGUUUCAUAAAGGGUGGUCCGUGACGGGUGAUGUCGGGGUGAUUCACCCGGACGGGUACCUGGAAAUCAAGGAUCGGUCUAAAGACGUGAUAUUUUCGGGCGGAGAGAAUAUUAGUAGCGUCGAAGUCGAGAGCUCUUUGUUGUGGCAAUGCCACACCCCAAGCGGAGAGAAAGUCCUUGUGCAUGUCACCCUGGUGAAAAACAUUGAAGCCGCCGGCGUUACUCAGGUGGAUAUCAUAGCGCAUUGCCGACAAAAUUUGCCGGCAUUUAUGGUGCCUAAGAAGGUGGAAUUCAUGGAUGAGCUGCCCAAGACUUCAACCGGGAAGAUUCAGAAGUUCCAGUUGCGAGCGUUGGCUAAAACUUUUGUGGUAGAGACAUAACUAGGAUGAUCGAUAAUAAUAGUUGGAGGGAAAUGUGGACUAAUAUGUUACACAAUCCAGAAUAAGGGGAGAAAGGGAUUCUCGUUCCGAUUUGCUUCCAUGUGAAAGUUUGUCCAAGAUAAUGUAAUUAAUGAAUCAGUGAUUGUGGAGAUGAAAGAUACAGAAAAGUCAGGCUUGGAACUAAAGG